AUGGGAUCAGGUAGCUUACCAUCACCUCCCGCCGAGGAUCAUAAGUCGACCCUCUCUCGAAAGAGCACAUCGUCAAGUUCCAAGUCUGUCAAGCCUGUGCACCGCACUUCCAAGCGAGCCAGCUCCAGUGCUGCCACAAUUCACCACCACGACCAUGUCACACAUACAACUGGUAUGGACGGCCGACAUAAGCGUGUGUGGAAGGCUUGUGAAAGAUGCCGAAUGAAGAAGACCAAGGCACGUUUCCAGUACUACCUCUCUUUAACCCCACCUCUCACUAACACGAACUCAAUCUGCACAGCUGGUGUGCGUAAGAAGAUGGAAUACAAGCAAUUGCCUAGAGGUUACGCCGAGGUUCUCGAGAACACACAAUUCGCCCUCAUUGCUACAGUCCACAAGCUCUACUCAAUGGUUCGAAACAACCAGUCUUGGGAUUUGGGAGAGCCCGAACUCAACGACCGCGGCCAGCCCGUGAUCCACAACAUCGCCCAGAAGCUCGGCUGCAUCCGCCCCAACAGCGAUAUCGACCUCCCUGUUCACUCAGUGUUCCCUGAAGACGAAGCUGGCAUGGCUGAGCUGGCUCGGCAGCUCGAGGAUCAACAGAAGGAGCACGAGCCUGCAAAGGAAACCAUCAAGGACACUGAUUCAUCCGUGUGCAACCGAACCGAGCGAGCGUCAUCAUCAGAGCUCGAUCACUCCGACUUUGAGCACGACUAUCGAAGGGCCGCCUUUGGUAACACCAAUGCCAUGACCCUCUCACCGCAGAGCUUCACAGGCAGCGCCGACUUCGAUUUUGCCCCUCCACCGCCCGAGAUAGAUGCUUCUAGCCUGUUCCCCUCGCAAUCGCCCGCCAUGAGCAACUUUCCCGCCUGGACAAUGACCAAGCCCCAGCCUAGCGACCUCACCAUGCAAUUUCUACAACAGCAGCAACAGAAUGGCAUGAUGGCAAAUAUGGACUUGUUGAAUCAGGGCCUCGUCGAAUCAGAAUUUGGAACAAUCAAGCCUCACGUUCUGUCAUGUCCCAACCCUGAAGUUAUGCUGGGCAUGGGCGAUCCCAUGAUAUAUUCUGGCUACGACGGUGAACCGAUGAGACUAUAA